AUGUCCAAGAUAAUUAAUUUAGAUUUUUUUACGGAAGGUAAAAUUAACGAUCUUAGAAAGAACAAGUAUAAAUCCGAAAUAGAUUAUGCUAUAAGUUUGUUAAAAAAAGAAGUCGAUACAAUUGACGUAGAAACAUUUGUUAGAACGAACAUUGAAAAGUUAGGCAAGAAUCGCAAUGGCAAAAUCAAAAGACCUUCCAAUUCAAACAUCUUAUAUACGAACACACUUAAUAAUCAUUUAGGGGAAGUCGUUAAAAAAAUAUGUGAUGAUUUUAACGUGAAUAUGAGCAAGAAAAUGCCCCUCAUGAAGAAAUUCAGUAAUCCAAUCUGGAAAGAAUUAAAAGAGAAAGAUCAGAAAUAUACCGAAUUUUUUGAAAAUUUGGCUUUAAAAAUUAAAACAGCACACACCGAAAAACAUCCGGAUUAUGUUUAUACUCCGAAUCGUAAUAAACAUAAACAAGGUGCAUUGUUUAAACAAUUUCAUUAUGAGAAAACUAAAAGUAAAAGAAAGGUUAAAAAAGUCACAAAAGACAUUCCCAAAAUAUCGGGGAAUACCAGCAUUCAAAAUGAUCGUGUCAAUAACUCGCAACAAAUGGAAAAUUCGCGCCCGCUCAUCCCUCAAGAACCGAUUAAUAACUUGUCGAAUGUGGUGUAUAUACAAGAUCAAAGUUUUAGAAUGUCUCCAAUUGAUCAUUUUGAUAAUUCGCAACAAAUGAGUAGUGCUCAGGUAGCACAAGUAAUGUCUCAAGAAUCGAUUAUUAGUUUUUCAAAUGUGAAUUUGCAACCUCAAAGAUUUAAAGCGUCUCCAAUUGUUGGUAGUUCGCAACAAAUGGGGAGUGUUCAAGUUCAAGAAUCGAUUAAUAGCCUGUCAAAUUUGUCAAAUGCGCAAGCUCAAGACAACUUUAUUUCUCGAAAUGAUGGGAACGCGUACAUGAACUUACAGGAUUAUGGAUUGAUGAAUACAUCCGAUAAUUCUUGUCUCGAUGAACAAUUCCAAAACGUCGAAGAGCCGAAUCAAUUUCCGCAAUUUCAUGAAAAACGAAUUUUUGUGGAUCUACUUUGUCAACAAAAUCCUUUCGAAUAUCACGUGAGGCAAGAUAAUAUUAAUUCAAUCGGUAGUGAUUAUAUUCAAAACAGCCUCUAUUAA